ACAUUCAAGGAAUAUAAGGUUAGAAGAGUCAGUGGCAAUCUGUUUACUGAUACUUGGUCAUGGAACAUGUAACCGAAUGGUUCAAGAAAUAUUUCAGCAUUUGGGUGAAACCAUAAGUAAACAUUUUGAGAAAAUGAUCACUCUGUUGGGUGCUCGCUUUGCAGCUGCAUAUGUAAAGCCUUCGGAUCCAACUUUUAGUGAAGUUCCAACCAAAAUACAAGACCAUCCAAUUUAUUGGCCACAUUUCAAAGAUUGCAUCGGUGCGAUUGAUGGCACACAUGUGACAGCGGUUGUACCUACUGAGAAGUCCAUUCCAUACUUUGGAAGAAAGGGAUAUCCAACCCAAAAUGUGAUGGCUGCAUGUGACUUUGAUAUGUUAUUCACAUUUGUUUUGCCUGGAUGGGAAGGUGCAGCACACGACACUCACAUUUUUCUUGAUACUAUUCGUAAACAGAGUAACAACUUUCCGCACCCACCACCAAGUUUGUAAUUGGUUAAUCAAUUGUUCAUUAUAAUGACAUAUUGUAUGAGUGUGUUAAUACAAUUGAAUUUUUUUUUCUAGGGAAAUAUUAUGUAGUUGAUUUUGGAUACCCAAUGAUGAAAG